AUGCGCUGUCUCCAGUGUCCAGCAUCCACUGCCAUCGAGUUCUUGCCAUGCGCAGUCAUGAGUAACGUCAUCAUCGUGCAGUUUUGGGGGCCCCGUGUCCAGUUCUCCACCGGCCUUGUUUUUCGUGACAGCAUGGAGAGUGAGGAGCGGCCUGGUCGCCCGUGUCUCCUCGGCCUUGUUGUCGUGUCGGCUCAUGUGGCGUUCUCCCCCAUCGAAUGCUCGCCUUGGGGUGGUCCCAUCGGUGCUGCUUUGACUUGGCUGGCAUGGAUCCAUCUCGAAAUUCCUUUGACCUUGACCGCCGUUCUGGUCACCAGGAGGAUCUGCGUCGGGGGCCCGUAUUUUGGCUCGCCCUGCUUUGGUUUCAGACUCUUGACCAAUACGUAA